AUGCCCUCGGAUAUCUUCCUGCCUGGUGUUCGUUCCAAGGACGUUAGAUACUGGAGUCCAUCACAUUUGGCACAUCUCUUCUUGGCAUUCUGCGUGAUCCUCAUCGUGCGGGUGACGUUCUUCGUCCCCGAAACUAAGGGCGUGCCGAUCGAGGAAAUGGACAAGAGGUUUGGCCGAAACCAGGGCCAGGCGUAUUUGAAGCGGAUUAUGGAAAUUCGAAGCAGACUUGAUAUUCCAUCUGCAGAAGAAAGGGACUUGGCCAAGGCCAAGCGGACUAUGCCACCGUGGAAGAACAGGAGUGAAUAG